GAUGUGACAGUAUGACGCUGACAUCAGGUCAGUGGCUUGGCUUGCCCGCUGUUACUGCUGUCACUCUUUACAGACAUGAAGAUCCAGCACUGUCUCUGGCAGCAGGUUUGACUUCCAGCCAGCCUGUGGAGAAGCUGCGAGCACUGCCUCUUUGGCUCUCCCUGCAGCAUCUUGGUCAUAAUGGCAUUCUGCAGAAGAUCAGUCACGCCACAUCCCUGAGCCAGCAACUCCUGCUGAAGCUGAAAUCUGUGGCUUCUAUUAAAACCUUGGUGGAAGAUGAAGAAAACUCUCCUGUUGUGCUGUUUAGGUUUUACCAGGAAAUGAAUGCUGGUAAAGGGUCGAGUGUGGGGUCAGAGGAUGGCUUCAGUCCUGGAGAAAAAAAACUUCUAGAUACCUUCAACAGAUGGUUGGGUGAACAGCUGGCACAUCUGGUUCCCACCAGUGGAGUAGAUGUUGUGGAGCUUGAAGACGAAGGGACCUGUGUUCGUUUCAGCCCCCUCGUUACUGCUGCAGUUCUGGGCACCCAACAGAAGGAUGUUGAGGACUUGUUGGUGAAGCUCGUGGAGCUGGUUCCAACAAUGCAUUCUACAAUGAAUUUAAGACAUGACUUCAGAGAGGAGACCCACUGCCAUUCACCUUCACUAAGAUACAUGGAGGAGCUUAGCUGGCCGGGACUAGGAGUUGUCCGGUACGAGCCACAGGUUGAAGGAAUGGAUGAGAGCAGGAUGAAGCAGGAGCUGGAGAGCAUGAACAAUGAGCUGCUGAAGAAACUGCAAGAACUUGACACUGACAUCGUCUUCUCCACAGGCCCAGAGUUUGUGUCAGAAGAGAACUGCAUCUUUGUAGGCAUGGUGACCAAGGACCUUGAUGUGUCAGAGCUGGCUAGUACAAUCACUUCCCUGGGGAGGGAAAUUGAGGAAAGUGGAAGGCUGUUUGAGAACAUGACGGAGCGGGUGAGGAAAGGCAUUCUGGAGGCAGAGCUGCAGCUGCAGAAGGACAACGAGGACAAACUCAUGGAGGAGGGGAUGCUGAGGCAGCUUCCUCUGGUGGGUUCUGUGUUGAACUGGUUCUCUCCAGUCCAAAGCUCCAUCAAGGGCAGGACGUUCAACCUCGCAGCAGGUUCUUUGGAUUCCACAGAUGUGAUGUUCUCCACCAAGGCUCAAGAGGGCACAACGACUUUGCAGGACCCCCCCACAGUCACGUCCAAAAAACUGCCAGGUCAGAAGUUGUUCCGACGCUCAGGAGGCGGCUCUGACUUCGUUAAUGAAACCAGCUCCAUGGGACAAACCGAGGAGACAUCCAGGGAGGACAGCACCUCAGUGAGCACCACGACAGACCCUUCCACAUCUCCACCAGUGCCUGAGACACCUCACCCCUCUGCCAGUGAUGGGACAGCGCAGAACAUCUCUGAGACAUGGCAGCAGGUGGAGACUGAAGGCCAAGAGGUGGAACAGAGUGGGAGAUAGGACGUCUCCCCGCUGCAGGUGUCCUCCGUCCACUCCGUGUAGCCAGCCUGAAUCAGACGUGUCUUAUAUUUUGAAAAAUGUUUGGUAAUUUGAAGAGGAACGUUAAAGGCUGUUUGUUUUGGUCUUCUGGUUUCAGGAUGAUAAAUCUGAUCACUGCAGACUGAGUUCAGUGCGUUUCUACUUGUAAUAA